AUGAAGUUCUUGAAAUUGUUUCUGCUUCUAUCUUUAUCAUUACUUGCCAGCUCAUUAGAUGUUGACAUUACCUCUGAAACAUCUAUUUGCAAUGCCUUGACAACAGUGGUACAGGGUGUUAUCAGUUACUACGAUGGUUAUAGACCUGGUGGUGUCAUCGGAGAGUUUGUAUAUCCAUAUUACUGGUGGGAGGCAGGUGAAGCCUGGGGAGGAUUGGUUGACGUCGUGUAUUUUUGCAACAAUGACACUUGGGAAUCAUUAACUUAUGAUGCUUUAUUGUACCAAAAGGGUGACAAUAGCGAUUAUAUUCCUUCGAAUCAAUCCACCGCUGAAGGUAAUGACGAUCAAGGUUUUUGGGGUAUUGCAGCAAUGGAAGCUGCCGAACGUAAUUUCACCAACCCUCCUAGUGGCACAGCUGGCUGGUUGGCCUUGACUCAGGCUGUUGUGAACACAAUGAUCGCAAGAUGGGACAGCGCCGAUUGUAAUGGUGGUCUCAGAUGGCAAAUCUUCACUUGGAACAACGGUUACAAUUAUAAGAACACCGUUUCCAACGGAUGUCUCUUCCACUUAUCUGCAAGAUUGGCAAGAUAUACCAGUAAUGAUACAUACGUUGAUUGGGCAACCCAAGUCUGGGAUUGGCUCAUGGAUGUUGGCUUAAUUAGCAUCUCUGGUAGUACAUAUAGUGUUUACGAUGGUACAACAAUUGAAAGUUCCUGCAAAACAAUGACAGAAUAUGAGUGGACAUAUAACUAUGGCUUGUUAAUAUCUGGUUGUGCAUAUCUUUACUCAUACACAGGUAAUGCUACUUGGCUAACUCAUAUUCAAGGCUUACUCACCACAAUUGAGAGUAAUUUCUUCAACAAUAGUAUUAUGUAUGAAAGAGCGUGCGAGAGCUCAGGAACUUGUGAUAAUGAUCAAAAAUCCUUCAAGUCGGUGUUUUCCAGAUUCUUGUCUCAAACUGCCAUCCUAGUGCCGGACACUUACGAUACAAUUCGACCAUUAAUUGAAGCUUCUGCUAAAGGUGCAAUGGCAUCAUGUAGUGGAACCGAUUCAUCUACUGGUAGAACAAAUGCAUGUGGUGUGAAGUGGACUCAGGGUUCUUAUGAUGGUAAUACAGGAUUGGGUCAGCAACUAUCGGCAAUGGAGAUUUUGACUAGCUUGUUGGUGACUGCUAACAAGCCUAGUAAUGAUUCAAACUCAACUACUAGUAGUGCAGUCCCAUUAAGUAAUUCCACGGGUGGAACAUCUGAAGGUAAUGCCAAUGCUGGGACAGAUACCACUAAAGAGCUUGCGCAAAAUGAUUUGACAAUCACUACCAAGGAUAAAGCUGGAGCAGCAGUAUUGACAACUGCGGUGUUGGGUAUUGUAUGUGGUGGUGGUUUGUGGAUGUUAUUCUAG